AUCCCCACCGUUGCAUCUCUAUUCUAUACUCUCCCUCUCUUCAGCUUUUAGCAGAGCUCCCUGUUCCCAUCUCUCCCGUGACUGAUUCCAGUUAGCGAGAGAUCUAUAAGGGAAAGCAGAAGGAGAAAGAGCUUCGCCAUACUGAAGACGGUCUCCAUUAGGUUAUAACGAGCCAAUUAAUGGGUUCAAAAAGUAACAUAUCAAGCCACAGAGCACGAAGACCAUUGUCAAUAUUUGCUGUGAUUGGUCUCUGCUGUUUCUUUUAUCUUUUGGGAGCAUGGCAGAAGAGUGGGUCUGGAAAGGGAGACAGCUUGGCCUUGAAAGUAAAUAAGCUGACAGAAUGCACUAUUUUGCCCAAUUUGAGUUUUGAAUCUCAUCACAAUGACGUAGCAAUUGUUGAAUCUUCUGAACCAAAAGCAAAAGUGUACAAGCCAUGUGAUAGCAAAUAUACUGAUUAUACGCCUUGCCAAGAACAAGAUCGAGCAAUGACAUUUCCAAGAGAAAAUAUGAUAUAUAGGGAAAGGCAUUGUCCUCCUGAAGAGGAAAAAUUACACUGCCUUAUUCCAGCCCCGGAAGGAUACACGACUCCUUUUCCUUGGCCCAAAAGCCGUGAUUAUGCCUACUAUGCCAAUGUUCCUUACAAAAGUCUGACAGUGGAGAAGGCAGUUCAAAACUGGGUGCAGUUCCAGGGAAAUGUGUUCAAAUUUCCAGGUGGAGGAACCAUGUUCCCUCAAGGAGCAGAUGCAUAUAUUGAUGAACUUGCAAAAGUUAUUCCUAUUAAAGAUGGCUCAAUCAGAACAGCUCUGGACACUGGUUGUGGAGUUGCAAGCUGGGGAGCUUACUUACUAAAGAGAAAUGUGCUAACCAUGUCCUUUGCGCCAAAGGACAACCAUGAAGCACAAGUUCAGUUCGCACUGGAAAGAGGUGUACCUGCUGUAAUUGGUGUUUUGGGCACUAUCCAUCUCCCCUACCCUUCAAGAGCCUUUGAUAUGGCCCAGUGUUCACGAUGUCUGAUACCGUGGACUUCUAAUGAUGGAAUGUAUCUAAUGGAAGUUGAUAGAGUCCUAAGGCCUGGUGGAUACUGGAUUUUAUCUGGCCCUCCAAUUAAUUGGAAAACAUACUACCAGACUUGGCAGCGUUCAAAGGAGGACCUCAAGGCAGAGCAGAGAAAAAUUGAGGAGUUAGCCGAAAGUCUUUGUUGGGAAAAGAAGUAUGAAAAGGGAGAUAUUGCUAUAUGGAGGAAAAAAGCAAAUGCUGAAUCCUGCAAAAGAAAGUCGUCCAAUUUAUGUAAAUCAAAUAAUGCUGAUGAUGUAUGGUACAAAGAGAUGAAAACAUGCAAAACCCCUUUCCCUGAGGUAAUCAAUAAAAAUGAAGUUGCUGGAGGAGAAUUGAAGAAAUUUCCUGCUAGGCUUUUUGCAGUCCCUCCUCGGGUAGCUAAGGGCUCUGUUAACGGGAUCACGGCUGAAUCCUAUCAAGAGGACAACAAGAUAUGGAAAAAGCAUGUUAAUGCUUACAAAAGAAUUAAUAAACUGAUUGGUACUACACGAUACCGGAAUGUGAUGGAUAUGAAUGCAGGCCUUGGGGGAUUUGCAGCUGCACUUGAAUCACAAAAGUCUUGGGUGAUGAAUGUUGUGCCCACUGUUGCUAAGAACACUUUGGGUGUUAUCUACGAGAGAGGUCUUAUUGGCAUUUAUCAUGACUGGUGUGAAGGCUUUUCUACUUACCCAAGGACAUACGAUUUUAUUCAUGCUAAUAAUUUAUUUAGCUUGUACCAGGACAAGUGCAGUCUAGAAGACAUACUUCUGGAGAUGGAUCGGAUCCUGAGACCUGAAGGGGCAGUCAUCAUCCGGGAUGAAGUAGAUGUCCUGAACAAGGUUAAAAAAAUUGUUGGAGGAAUGAGAUGGGAUGCCAAAUUGGUGGAUCAUGAGGAUGGCCCUCUAGUUCCUCAGAAGAUAUUGGUUGCUGUGAAGGAGUAUUGGGUUGGCAGCAGCAGUAACCGCACGUCCAGUUAGGAGUAAAAUAGGUAAGUUAUUGUCUUGGAAAAAUUAUAAAUCUGCCUCCGUUAUAAAGCAAGGUUCAUCAGCCCCAAGGAAAAAUAGGAGAAUGAAGGUUACAGGGGAAAGCCAAAAAAGAGAAGAAAAGUACAAUGCAAUACAAAGGACUGGUUAUGCGAGCUUAUUCUACAUCUUAGCCAAACAGGCACAUCAAGUGUAGAUAAAAUAGAUCGUAACUAGUCUUGCUAAAUUUAUUUGAAGAAUAUUUAAUUAUUUGAUUCUGAGCCUUAGAUGUUGUUGUAUUGAUAGUGAGACGUGAAUAAUUAUAAUAUGAGAAUAUGAUUGUGCACUAUUGAAACUGUUU